AAGAGCCGUCUCUGGCCCUGCUCUUCAGUCUCUUCCCAGACCAGCUGCAUCAACAGAUCCAUGAUGAGGUCCGUAGUCCUCGCCCUCGCUGUUUUGCUGGCAGGCUGCCAGGCCCGAUUCCUGCGGGACGAACCGCCGUCGCAGAUGGAGCACGUGAAGUCUGCGCUCCAGGUUUACGCUGAUCAGCUGAAGCAGGCGGCGCACAAAGCCCUCACUCACCUCGAUGACACCGAGUUCAAAGACUACAAGGAAUUCCUGGGCCAGUCUGUGGACAACCUCCACGGCUACUUUCAGGACGGCUUCCAAACCAUCAGCCCAUUCAGCACCCAGAUGCUGGACGCCACUAAAGACACGCGCGAGAAGCUGAUCAAAGAUGCGGAGGAGCUCGGCAAGAAGAUCGAGCCCAUGCGCAAGGAGCUGAGGCAGGUGCUGGAGAAGCACUUCCAGGAGUACAGUGACGAGCUGAAGCCUUUCUUCGAGGAGUACUCGGCCAAGCAGCGCCAGCACAUGGAGGAGAUGAAGACCAAGCUGGAGCCUGUGGUCAAGAGCUUAAAGGAGAAGAUUGGAACCAACUGGGAGGAGACCAAAUCCAAGCUGGUGCCCAUCGUGGAGGCUGUGCGCGAGAAGGUGGCGGAGCAUCUGCAGGACCUGAAGAACCUGCUGGAGCCCUACAUGCAGGAUUACAGGGAGCAGAUGGAGAAGAGAGCGCUGGACUUCCGCCAGAGCGUGAGUUCUGGAGAACUGAGGAAAAAGAUGGACGAGUUGGGCGCGCAGGUGAAGCCUCACUUCGAUGCUAUUAUUGCAGCCGUCCAAAAGGCUGUGAACAAGGAGUAAACCAACCCUUUUUUGCACCUUCCCUUCACCUCGCCACCAGCGCCGAGUACCAACACCUCGAUCCGUCGUCGUCUGGAAGGCUUU